GCCAGUUUCAUCACAGGCAUAUCGAUAUGCCUCAUAAUCCGCACAAAAAAUCCUGCAUCCCUUGCCGGGAUCGACAUAUUCGAUGUGACCGACUCACGCCGACUUGCACUAAUUGCCGCAAAUCUCGGUACAUGACUGUCUGCAGUUAUGAACCGAUCAAAUUCAAGUUCAGAACCUUGUUGGAGACGUCGAAGAGAAAGACUCACCGGAAGAAGAAGGAUGCUUUACGCGGCACGUUCUCUCCACCUGAGGAGCAGGUGCAUCAGCGUUCAGUGUCCCCUGGAGUCCAGGGAGACGCGGAGGCGAGUCGCUCUCCUUCCCAUGAUCAAAUUUCAGAUAGACAAAAUAUCGAUCUUCAGACCGGCAAAGUUGGCCAUGAUCUAGAGGCACCAAUAAUCCUGGCAUCUCAGUCACCCCUUCAGAGCUCGCUGAGAGACCCUAUUACGACUGCGGCUACCGUUGUUUCUCCAAGCGACUUCGGCUACCUGCCUGUCGCUACGACAACCUUUCCACAAAUAUCAACCACUACAGCAUUACAAGACACCGCCCUGCAUGAAACCCCGUGCUCGACUAGCAGCCCACAUACCACGUCUGAUAAACUCGAGGCAUUCAUUUACAGUUUUUACAUUGAAACCGCAGGGCCGUGGCUAGACAUAGUAUCCUCGAACAGGUUCUUCGGAAUCUAUGUGCCACGGAUGACUGUCAGCGAGCCAGCCCUGCACUCUGCAUGCUUGGCAUAUGCUUCCCAGGUACUUUAUUUGCACGGUCGGGUGCCCCGCGAAAUUAAGGAAGAACUACACGAUAGAGCCCUCAGACAAUUGACACCAACGUUUACUUCGUCAUAUCAAGGCAGGUCUGCUGAAUGUUUACUCGCCUCGACAGUGCUUCUACGCAUGACAGAACAGUUCCUAGAACUCGGUGAGGACCAUCAACACCAUCUGUACGGUAGCUCCACCCUUUUUGAGACCGAGCUUCACCAAUUGUCACUGUUUGAUGACAACUUACGUAACUCUUCCUUUUGGGCUUACCUCAGAGGUGCUAUUCGCAUCUCCUUCCUCCUAGAGAGACCUUCGCCUUUCCGCUUAGAGUAUUUGAGCUUUAUUGAGUCCAGUCGGGGCAAUGGACAAAUGAGUGAUGAGGCUUACGCAAACUGCAUGACCUACUUCAUUGCUGAGCUUUGCACCUUAUGCUGGAGUGAGCCUGGCGCUCUCGGCUCGGAUGGAGAGGUCGCCUCUAGGAUACACCGGUUGCAGGGUGUUAUAAACGAAUGGAAAAGCAAUCUACCCGCAUCGUUCAAUCCAUGGUAUACGGACUUUAGGGAGAAUGACAUAUUUCCUGACGUUCGAUACCUAGCCCCAUGGCAUUGCGUUGCAUGGCAGUUCUUUUAUGCUGCCCAGGUAAUGAUUGCGGUCUAUUUGCCAGCCAUUAGGGAGCAGUCUAAUGUAUUUCAGUUGACCAGGACCUUGGAAGAGAACGUUGCUACGCCGAGCCGCUGGCUCUGUGGAGUGACUUUAUCGUCAAAUGACUACGGAGUAAAAAUCAAUGGAAGCCAUCUCAUCGCCUGGUGCGGUCAGUUCCUCACUGCACGAACAGAGCAGAAUAUGGUACUACACAUCCUACUUUCACUUUGGGAAGACACAAAAUGGCCCAAUCAGACAUGUUGCACACGUUUGAAAGAUAUUUGGAACGGGUCGCGAGGGCAGUGGAUUGAUAAUGAGCGACCAAGCACAUAACAUUGGGCCCUGAGCAAUACUAACGAGAAUUGAGCAAGAUGCGACUUGAAGAUUUAUUGGCCACAUAACCAGGGCCUCAACACCAGAUUAUGACCCAACUUCAGAAGAUUGUCACGUUAGCUUCAACCUUGGAUUUUACCGAGAUUGUGUGAAGACCCAACAAGGCUCACUUCAAUGCUCAAGCCUCAGAUGGACUUGAUAUAAAAGCAUCAAUGUUAUAGAGCCAUGCAAAGUAACCAUUCUUUUUUUCAA